AUGAUGUUACCUAGGUGGUAUGGUUUUUAAAGAAUUUCUAACCGACGAUGGUGAUAAAAAGUAGAACGCUUUCACGGAAGGGGGGCAACCUGAGUUCAGUCUGUCUGAUCAUUGUUGAGAUUACAUUCAAGGAGUGUGAACAGUGGAGCAGAGCUCUGUGCUCAGAACACAGGACACAUGUAGACCAGAAAGCCGUGAGUUCACUUUGUGCCCUCACCUGUCUUAGGAAGAAGUCAAGCCUGCGAAGGAAUUCUGUGCGGGAGAGGAAGAAGCUUCUAGCCUCUGCCUGCAGGGAGAAGACACUUAGGAUGCCCAUGGUGACACGGAGGCUGAGGGAUCCUGACGUAAACCCUUGCUUGUCGGAAUCGGACGCGUCUACCAGAUGCAUGGCUGAAAACAACUAUGACAAGGAGAGCUGUUCCUCUCACUUCUUGAAGUACAAGAACUGCCGGAAGUUCUGGAACUCUGUCAUGAUCCAGAGAAGACAAAACGGAGUGAAGCCGCCCAUGCCCACGGCAGCAGAGAGAGACGAGAUCUUAGAAGCACUGGGGAAGAUGCCCUAUUGAGCGUUUGCAUUAAAAUUAUUUAUUUAACUUAGGAACAGAUAAAUAUUUUUAAUAAGUGGUUACUGUGUCUUCAUAAGACUUUUCAGGCCUUACCCAGAUAGAUCUCGGAUUCCUUGGGGGAAGCCCCGUGUCCUCCUCCAUUUCUGCUCUCAGUGCCGCGAUGAGAGCGGGCCACCCCAGCUCUGCCACGUCCUCGGCUUCACAAGACUUGCUGAAGGCAAGGGGGCCUUAGGAACAGCUCAGUGGAGAGUUGAGCUUUUCUGCCGGGUCUCGAGAGAAAGAAGUAAGAUGUGAACAAGGGAGGGAUUAAGGGGGUGAAAGGGAGGCAGUGUCUCCAAGGAAGGGAAGUGAUGUACGUGACAGCACGACAGGAGGGCAGGCUGGAGCCGUGUGUGGAGAGCAGUGUGUGGACUGGCCCCCUGGAGGGGAGGUGGGCACUGAGUGGUAGGGAGAAGACUGGACAGCAAGUCCAGGGUGGAUACCCGAUGGGCCUCAGUCCCAGGCACAUUACUAAGGUCUCUGCCCUGAUGACCUCACUCGUGUACCUUGAUUUAAAAAGCCUUGGGGAGGCACAGGUGUCUUUAAAUGACAUACAGAGAACUGGUUUUCUUUAUGUUUCCUUAAGGAUGGGCUUAGUCAAGGGACUCUGAGACUGAAGUCUGUGGUUACUGAACAGCCUUCUAAAGAAAAGAUGGUGCUUUCAGAGGUGGGGUUUCACCUGCAGGAUGAGAUGGGACAGGGAGGGGCUGGGGUUCGUCAGGUGAUCGCAACACAGAAUGAGGCUGGAGCCGAGCUUCGUUUUAUGAUAUAAAAGCGAGAAUAUUCAGUAUCAUGACUGGGGUGGGGUUGUAAAGCAGAUCUCAAUUCCGCCUUUUAAAAUCCAGGGUCUUUCGUUUACAGGAUUGCUUUGUAAAAGACACAUUAUUUGAUCAAAUUUCAUGUGUACAGAAAGUGAAAACAGAUAGUUUGAGUCCCUUCUCUUCGUCUGGUUCUGGUGCAGGAGUAUUACAACAGCUGCUGACACAAACUGUCCAGCUCGUUGGUCCUAGUCCAAAAUCCAGGUCAGAGGUUUUUAAACUAUGGAACCUUUAUUUUCAAAUGUGAUUCUAUUUGAAUAAAAGGUAGAAUUGUUUCAGAAAUUCUUUGAUUUGUAUUGAUUGCUGUAAAAAUGAUGGAUUUAGAUAGGAGCUGACAAGGAAUGAAUACUUACUGUGUAAGAAACAGUUCAGUACUUCUAGGCUUAUUUAAAAGUGGAAUUUUAAUGUCACCUUUUAAAAUGUACAUACCAAUAUCCACAUUUAUUUGUCCUGGCCUAGCUCUUUUUAUUUUUAAAUAGCAGGUUCAUCAACGUGCAGUUUGUAUACCAUGUAAAUCAUUUGUUUAAAGUGUACAAAGCAAUGGUUUUUAUUAGUAGUAUAUUGACAAAAUUGUCAUCCAUCCCCACAAUUGAUUUUAGGAGCCAUCACCCCAGAAAGAAAGCCUGUACCUGUAGCACUCUUGAUCUGCUCCUGACACACACCGCCCUCCAUCCCCACUUCACAUCCCCAACACUCAGGCACCUGCUCACCUUCUUUCUGUCUCUAGAAUUGCCUGCUCUGGACAUCUCCGUCAAUGGAGUCACGCACCUUGUGACCCUCGGUGACUGGUUCCUCUCACUCACCCUCACGUUCUCAAGGUUCAGUCCCGUUGCUUGCAUCAGUGCUUCAUUCCUUUUGCUGCUGACAAAGCUUCCACUGUGUGGAUACACCGCAUUUUAUUUGUGCAUUCAUCAGUUGACAGGUGUUUGGGUUGUUUGUGUUGUUGGCUAUUUUAUGAGGUGUGUUGCUUCUUAAAACAUGUGUGUACAAGUUUUUGCAUAGACAGUGUGUUUUUGGAUAUAUGCCCAGCAGUUGAACUGGUGUGACCAUACUGGGUCAUAUGGUAAGUACAUUUAGUCUUUUGAGGAACCAACAUGUUUUCCAGAGUAGCAGCAUCACUUCACAGUAUUUGAGAGUUCCAAUUUGUUCACAUGCUCAUUAACGUUUAUUGUAAUACCUGCCUUUGAUGACAGUCAUCCUAGAGGGCCUGAGCUGCUAUCUCAUUGUGGUUUUGAUUUGCAUUUCCCUGAUGGCUGAUGAUCCUGAGCAUCUUUUCACAUGCAUAUUGGCCACUUAGAGAUCUUUGAAGAAAUAUUUGCUCAGAUCCUUUGCCUAUUUUUAAAUCGGGUUGUGUAUCUUUAUCACUGCCAGAGUCCUUUACACACACUAGAUACACAUCCCUGAUAAAAUACAUGGUUUGUAAAUUUUAUCUCCCAUUCUGAAUAUGUUGUGUUUGCAUUUCAUGGUGUCUUUUGAAACAGAAGCUUUUCAUUUUGAAGUAGUCCAAUUUGUGGUGGUGGUUGUAGCUUUUGGUGUCAUGUCUACAAAAAAGUCUGAAGGUUAACAUCUGUGUUUCUUCUAAGAGCUGCAUAUUUGUAGUUAUCCAGAAGCUCUUGAAGGAUGGAAACAGUGUCAUCCACUAUAAUGGGACGUAGCGAUGUCAACUACUCCAAGAAGCAGCUCUGUCCGUAACACCUCCCUAGGAAGCUUGUAGUAUAUAAUAAAUGAUCAACAGCUGUGUAUGUGUUUGGGGAGAGCAGGAGAGCAGGCUUUUAAAACUGAACACAUUGGAAAAUGCGGCUGAUUCACAGGAUGUGAACAGGUACACAGUGUAGAUAAAUCUGACCAGAAGCAGCCAAUGUUACGGGGUUUCAAGGUCUCGCAUGCAAGUACAGGCACAUCCGGUGCUUCUCAGGUGACUCAGUGGCGCAGGUUCAAUCCCUGGGUCAGGAAGAUCCCCUGGAGAAGGAAAUGGCAACCCACUCCAGUAUUUUUGCCCGGGAAAUCCCAGGACAGAGGAGCCUGGCAGGCCUACAGUCUGUGGGGUCGCAAAGAGUUGGACACAAGGACUAAACAGCAGGUGUAGCUGUAUAUUUAUUUGGUUUGCAAAAAAGGAACGUGGUAGUGUGUAAGUGGAGGCUCUUGGCCUUUUCCACUGAGCAGUGUGGUUUGGAAUAGUUCUGCACAGCCGGUUAUAGGCCCACUGUAGGUCUUUCCUUGUGAGAUACUAGGCUAUGGACCCAUUUCCCACAGAUGGAUUCCUUCCCUUUUGGAAAUAAUGUCAGCUGUGGUGCUUUGCUUGUUCUGUCUUUAUCUAUGUGCUGCAUUUCUAAGAGUGAAAUUUCUAGGCUGAAGGUUUCAGUAGUUUGAUUUAUGUAGUUACUCCUUUCCCCAGGAAGCACACCUUCACAGUCCUGGAUGAAAAGCCUGUGAGUCCCUCCUUGUUCCUCAGGCCCUGGUUCCCGCUGGGCCCUUUAAAACUUCCAUCCAUUGAUGAGUGAAAAAUGGAAUGGGCGUAUUUACUUCCUUUGCCCUCCACCCCCCCUUUUUCUUUCCUUCUUAGAUUGUUGCUGUGAACCAGUUGGGGAAUGCUUGGUUUGGUAAGAAAAUUUAUUAAUACCUCUUCGUCAUAUGUAUUCUAUGUAUUUUUCCCAGUUUGUCUUUUAACUUUGUAUUUUCAUUUCGGAGCAGUAUUUUAUAUUUUAAGGUAAUUAAAUGGAUCAGUCUUUUUGCUUAUGA